CCCCCGGCGCUAAGCACUGUGUGUAGGUCCAUUGUAAACUGCAGCGAGUGCGCAACCGCUGUGACUGCUCCGCCUGAGUCGAGUGAACGCUGUGCUCACAGGUGAGUGCUCCAUCUGAUCAGGGGACUCCUCCGCCUGAGUCGAGUGAUGCUCUGUGAUUGCUCCUGGCAGUAGAAGUGAAUGCGUAAUCUCCUGCGCAGCCUCACAAUAGCAGUGACCAGCAGCAUGACUGCAAAACGACCCUUAUGGGUCGACACGGACGCGGGAUUUGAUGAUCUGGUUGCUCUCAGCGCGCUCGCCGCCACGGAGCGGCGCUUAGCGGUCGUGUCGACCACCUCGGGCGCAUGCGAGACGCCGGAGGCCGGCGCCGGGCGCGUCAGGACAAUACUGAACGCUUGUGGGCGUAACGACGUAACAGUCGUCGCCGGUGCGUCGGCGCCGCGCGUCCCCGUCAAGCCCUGGCUCACCGACGCGCAGAAGAUGCUGCUGCGGUGGUUCGCGGACAGGUCGCUGGGCGCGGCUUCCGGGCCGUUCGACGGCGACGUCGGCGGCGCGGUCGCCGCGCUAGGCGCUGUGGACCUCCUGUGUCUCGGACCGCUCACGAACGUGGCGGCUGUUUUGGCCAGCGGUCGGGUCACCGUGGAGACCGCAAUAGCUAUGGGCGGCGACGCGCCCGGUCGCGAACCUGAAUUUAAUUUUGCCUGCGACCCGGCGGCGGCGGCGGCCGUCGUCAAAACCUGCCCAAGUCUCACCUUGGUGGGCCUCGACUGUUGCACGGACGCGUUCGCCGAAUCAACAGAGCUGCCCGGAGUCAUAGGAUCGCUCUGCAGCGCCGACGCCUGCGCCGCGCGCUUCGAUCCUUUGGCGGCGUUCUGCGCUUCGAGGGAGGGUUCCUUCGAGAUCCGCGACGUGAGCUACGGCGUCGACGCGGCCGGGCGCGUCGUCGGGGGCGAGAGUAGAGUCAGGGCGGCGACGCGCCUCGUCGAUCGGGAGGCCUAUUUGGGGUGGCUUCGCACCGCCGCAGCGACGUUGCCACGCUAGCGAAUAAUCAC